GUUUGAUCGAUCCAUCUGGGAGAAAGAAAGAAAGAACUAAAAGUCUGUGAAGUCAAUUCUCGAAAGAGAUGAGGAACAAGAUGAACUCGCUUCUGAAACGUGGGCUCAAAGUUGUCGGCGAUGGCGGUUUGCUUAACGUAAUCCAAUCUGAAAUCCGUCACGAAAUCUCUAACCCUCGUUUCCUGGGAGUUGAGACAGGAAAGCUAGGGGAUUUCAAGUUGGAUUGGGAUUCUCCGAAAAGCAAAGACAUUGUCCUGAGGAGACAGUUUAAUUCAGGAGAAGAAGUUGUGGUCUCAGCUUUACUGCAAAAGGAACCUAUUGAAGCUGAUGAUAUAGCGUUUCCUAGAGGAGCUAUGGCUAAAGUAUGUAUCAGUAAGCCUAGACUAAGCUCUAUCUUGCAGUUUGAUUGCCGUGUUUCUGAAACGGGACGUGGAAGUUCUGAUUUUGACAUUGAGAGAGCUUUUUAUAUCCGCUCUUUGGUAUCUUCGCGUGGUUCUUCACCUAAUGGAGGGGACUUUUUCAGGACGUUAGAUCCGAAUCUACAGGAUGCUUUGAAGCAGUACCUAACAUCCAAGGGAUUUAGUGAAGGACUAACGAAUUUCAUCUUGUGUCAUCUGAACAAGAAGGAGCAGGAACAGUACGUUAACUGGUUACGCAAGCUUGAAUCCACAUUCUCACACUCUCUGAAGCCAUGAGUUGUUAACUCCAUCUUCUCAUUUGCCUUUUUUUUUUGUUUACCUUGUUAUUCUUUUUUUUUCUUGCAAUGGUAAUGACCUUGAGAUUAGCAUAAUCAGCUUUGCCAUGGAUUUGUUUUAGUGAAUUUUAUUUAACGAGAUAUAUGUUAACUGGUCAAACAUAAUCGGACCCCAGAUCUUAUG